ACAUGGUGGCGUGAGCUUACAAAAUCGAAAAUCAAAAGUUGAGUUGUCUAUAAAAUCCCUUCCAUCCCUUCACUUCUCGUUCGUAAAAUUCUUGUUCCUUAAACACACGUCUAGAGUUGUUGGGCUGAGUUAUACAAUAAUAAUGGCGGAAGAUUGUUGCAGCUUCCAACUCAUUAGCGGUGACGGUGUCUUAAAAGUGAAAGGACUCGAAAACUUCACGAGGACCACUAACCUCGCACAGCGUCGUCUCUCCUAUGCUGUUGUUGCAAUUAUUGGCCCCCAAAGUAGCGGGAAGAGCACCCUCUUGAAUAAGCUCUUUCGGACAGAUUUCACGAUGAUGGAUGCAUAUGAAGGAAGGGGUCAAACAACCCAGGGGAUUUGGAUUGGGAAGGGUAUUGGUAUUGAGCCUUUCACAAUUGCCAUCGAUGUGGAGGGAUCGGACAGCAGCGAAAGAGGCCAAGACGGCACAACAACAUUUGAAAAGCGAAGUGCUCUCUUUGCUUUGGCAAUUGCUGACAUUGUAAUAAUAAACAUGUGGUGCCAUGACAUUGGUCGAGAACAAGCUGCCAGCAGACCCCUUUUGAAAACAGUUUUUGAGGCCAUGACGCGUUUAUUUGGCGCCCGCAAAACAACCCUGUUGUUUGUUCUACGCGACCAAACACCGACUCCACUUGAACGUCUAAAACAUAUUCUGAGGCGAGAUAUUGAUCAGAUAUGGGCUGCAGCUGCUAAACCCAAGGCUCAGACUCUGGGUGAUUUUUUUAAUGUGGAGAUCAUUGCUUUGCCUAACUAUAUACACGAGAAGGAGAGGUUUAAUGAGCAGGUUGCUCUGCUGAGGCAGUGGUUCAUCUCUCCUGGAGGUCUUGUUGGUGAUAGGAAGGAUGUUCAACCUGCUUCAGGCUUUCCCCUUCGUGCAGAACAGAUAUGGAAAACCAUAAAGGAAAACAAGGAUCUGGAUCUUCCUGCUUUGGAGGUGAUGGUUGCCACAUUUCGAUGUGAACAGAUUGCCAAGGAGAAGCUCAGUAGCUUGAAAUUGGAUGCGACUUGGUUGGCAAUGAGUAAAGCUCUUAAAUCCGGCCCCGUAUCAGAGUUUGGGAAAAAGCUCAGCUCUAUUUUGGAAAACUAUCUUUCUCAAUAUGACAUAGAGGCGAUGGAUUAUGAAGAAAGCAUUAGAAAAGACAAACGGCAACGGUUAGAAACCGAAGCCCUACAAUUUGUAUACCCAGCUUAUGCUGCCAUGCUGCAACAUCUACGUUGUGCUGCACUGAAGAGCUUUAAGACUAGGCUGGAAAAGACGGUGAAGGAGAAACGAGGAGCUGGAUUUGAAGAUUCUGUUGAUAAUUGUGGUUGGUACGGCAUGCUCGAAUUUGAGAGAGGAUGUGAAGAUGCAACAAUUAAAAAAAGGGUUAGUAGCUGGCUUGCUGAAAAAGUCAAUGUCAAGGAUAGACUUCGUGGGGACAUAGAGACACUUAAAUCCAAUAAGAAAGUCGAAUAUAAGUCUGAAAGGAAGAAAAUCAAGGAAGAAAAAAUUAAGAAAGGAGUCACUACGGCUGCGGGGGUCGUGGCGGGGGNGGUCGUGGGGGCGGCACUGACGCUGGUUAGUGAUCCAGUCACGGCAGGUGCAACAGGGAUAGGGGUAUCGACUGCAACAAUACAGCUAAUUGAUACCGCGCGUGAUAUUGUUCGUGGACUUUAGUUAAUAUUUAAUGUACCAAAUCUUAGAGUCUGCUCGUGUUGAUUUCCAGCUUUGUUUAAUCAAGUUUUUAUGUUAUAUUAUUUAAACAUGUGAUUAUAUAAAUGUUAUUUUUUUAAUUAA